UUGAGUCCGCAACGAAACGUGCACAAUCGAAGACGAUGUCCAGUUUUCACAAAAUGACGAGUGGACCAGAAGCUACUGUCUGCCUAGCAUCAAUGUUCACAUCUUCAUUGGGAGUAAGACAUGGAUUCAAGUGUGUAGUUGAUGGUGACAAAGAACUAUUCUUGAGAUCAGCUUUCCUGGUACUGCAGAAUCUGGAUAUCGAGCAUCCUGUUGGCCAACACCUUGUCACCACCUGUCAAUCAUUUCACAAACGUCAUGGUAAUGGAGUAAAGACCCUCCUCUUUCUUAUUGGCUCCCUGAUGAAGAUGGCUGUUUCUCAGCGGGAAAAUAAUAUUCCAGUGUGUGACAUUGUGUCUGCCAUGCAAGAAGGGGUCAAACAGUGUCAGAAGGUCAUGGAAGAGGUCAGGUUGCCAAUUUCUGAUGUGAUGCAGUCAUGUGAUCAUUGUCAGUGCACACUGCCAUCACCAAAUGGUGAGAGUCAGCCAACAAUAAAGCAGGCACCAUGUGAGAUGACAGGCGGUUUCUCCACAAAAUCAGGGACCUCUUCAGCGAUUCCUUUACAUAAUGAUGACACUAUUCAGUCUACAAAAUCAGGGACCUCUGCAGCAAUUCCUUUACAUAAUGAUGACAUAAUUCAGCUUAGUCUGAAAGAGAACAUUACAGAACCUGAAGAGGAUAUUGAUUGGUUCUUUGAGGAUGACAUCAUCAUCCAUUGUCUUGACAAUGUUAAUAAUACAGAAGUUCAAGGUCAUGCUAGAAAAAGUUGUCUUGUAAACAAAAACAAAACAAAAAGUGACAAUAUGGAAAUGUUGACUGUCACACAGAAGUCCCAAUGUCACUCGGAUGAUUCUGAUUUUGAUGACUGUUUUGAUGACGUUCCAGUUGUUAACAAGUUUGACUUUGGAAAGUCUGAUUCCCAGAACACUGGGACUUCCAGGAUUCCAGUUAGUGAUACUUGGAACAGAUCAACUGCAUACUCAUUUGAUAUUUCCAAAACCAGGAAUAGUGACCUCUCAGGUCAUCUGCCACCAGGUCAAGGUCACAAAAGACAGGAAAGUAUGGCUAGCAAUAUAGAGGAUGAGUUUGAUUCCUGUUUUCAUGAGGAAUGUGAUACUAAUAAGACUAAUGUUGGCACAUGCUCCAAUGAAGAUCCAAUGAAAAUAAAAGGUCAACAGGUCAAUGGUCAAGGAAUGUUAUGUCCACCAGAUAUGGGUAAAUAUUCUUCCAGUGCUAGUGAAGCAUUAAAUAAAUCACUUGAAAUGAAAAUACAGGAUUUGUUACUGCAAAAGACUGCAGCAAAACAACAGGAGCACAAACUUGUUUAUAAUUCCAGUCGACACUUUAAAUCAGUUGAAUCAACAGUUAACUUACUUAAGCUGGGUAAAUUCAAUACAGAUGAAAAGGAUCAGUCUCUAAGUGUCAUGGCUCCUAGCAACCAAGAAUAUCUUGGUCAGCCAAUGGAACCUCAAGGUCAGUAUCUGAAGUAUCAAGAUAUCCCUAAUGAAGAUGCUGUAUUAGAUAAAAAAGAAAGUUUGCAAAGCUUGAAUAAGUCUGAUCUACCAGGUAGAAACAUGCAAGGUAUACUGGAUACAAAAACACAAGAAAAACACCACAGAGAAGGUCUGGGUAGAAAGCUUGAUGUUUUACUUGGAAAAGCAAGGUCAAAGAAAGUGUCUGGGGCAAUGCUUCAGAGUCGCCACUUUAGAGAGCUAGGACAGGGUAUAGACAAUAAUACAAACAUUCAAAGCUUGGAGACAAAGGAUCAGUUUACAAAGGAUACACUAUGUUCUAAUGGUGAGAGGCUGAGAGAUGGAAAUGAUGUGACAGGUCAAAUGUCAGAGGCCAAAAGUCAGGAUUUUGAUAUGCAAUCAGACAAGAGUUCAGAGGUCAGAAGGCAGAGACUAGGUAUGCAUUUACAACCAAGCCAGAGUAAAGAGGUAAAAAGUCAGCAACUAGGUAUGUUAACCUGUCAGAGUUCAGAGGUCAAAAGCCAGGAUCUAGAUAAUCUUGCACUACCAGGUCAGAGUUCAGAGGUCAAAACCCAGGAACUACAAAAAAAUGUAGAUAAUCUUGCACUACCAGGCCAGAGUUCAGAGGUCAAACAUUCGGAUAAAGGCUCAACGUCAGGUCACAAUGAACUGAAAUCUAUAGAAAUAACAGAUGUUGGUGUAGUCUCUGACCAUGGCUUCAUCAACAGAGACAUGGUAUGUAGCUGUGCACCUGGUGGAGAAAUCGACCAAUGGGCGGGGCUGAGGGGUGUGGCCAGGAGUGUCAGUCACCAUGACGAGGAUAUGAUGGACAUUCUAGUUGCAGCAGCUAUGUCACAAUGGAGGACAGACGGAUGCCUGGAUACAAGCCAAGCUAGACUGACAUUGGAGCUGCUGUACUGCUGUGUAACCCUGGGUCCCAUAACUACACCUAAACUUGUGUCCGGUGUUGUCAUAGCAACAGAUAUUUCCAACAUACCAUUGGUCCACCAGAACAAGAACAGACAACUCAAUACAAUAAUGCUCAAUGGUGAUAUCAAGCCCAGCUAUCAUCACAUCGGAUACAAACGUCCCUUGGAUGUUCAGAAAACAAUAACUGUCCAGGAUUUCCAUCAAGCUGAUAGGCAGUCAAGCUGGCUAAAUGAUGUAAGGGACACACUAAAAAAGUUCUCCAUAAUGUGUCUGCUUGUUCGUGGCUCAAUCUGUGAUGAGGUCAAGGUCAUAUGUGAAACACUAGGGGUGAUUACCAUAGAGAAUGUUCCAUACAAGGCAUUGCAGGUGAUGUGUACAGCCUCUGUAUCCAGCAUGACCACCUAUCUAUCUGAUACUAACAAGACCAAUGUAUGCACCAGCGUUACCUUGGAUACCUACAAUGAGAAGUGGAUGAUGGGAUACCAGGCCAACUUUGUGAAGAUUACUUGUCACAAGACGCCUGUCCAGACUUGUGUUGUCAGUCACCCUACUACUGGAGGAGGGGAUCUCAUGGAACAGGAUUUCUGGCGAUGUGGCAACAUUCUCUCUUCUCUACUCUCCUCAGGAUAUGUUCUUCCAGGAGGGGGGAGCACAGAACAGCUAUGUAGUCAGGCUUUACUAGCCAGUUGUGGUGCUGUUACUGAGGAUGAUGCCAAUGGCUACCUACCCCAUGUUUUACAAGACAUGGCGGCUGUACUACACGAAUAUUGCAUCACAGUCAACUUAAACACAGGCCAAGGUCAUAGAUAUCCUCUACCAGUGAAAGGUCAAGGUCAGACAGAUCCUCCUCAAAUCAAAGGUCAAAGUCACGAAAAUCCUACCAGCAAAUGCCAUGAUCUCUUGAAGGAUUCUUCUCCAACCAAAGGUCAAGGACACACAGAUUCUUCUCCAAUCAAAGGUCAAGGACACACAGAUUCUUCUCCAAUCAAAGGUCAAGGACACACAGAUUCUCCUCCAAAUAAAGGUCAAGGACAAACAGAUAAUCCAAAUAAAUAUCAAGGUCACACUUAUCCUAUUCCAGGCAAAGUAAAAGGUCAGUUAGAUCCUUCUUCAACCAAAGGCCAAGGUCAUAUAGAUCAUCAUCCUAUCAAAAACACAGAGACUGAUCAAAAUACCAGUAUAGGUCAAACUGUGUUUCACAAGAAUAAAGGUCAAGGUCAUGUAUACAGAGGUAAUCUGCAAUAUAUGUAUGGAGAUGAUUCAUGGCCCGAUUUCAAAAGUACAGGAGUACAUCAUAGUAACAGUGAACAACACUUUCCCAGCGAUAUGGAUAUUCAGAAUAUGAAUAUCUUGGAAAAGAACAGAUUGUCUCAUUAUAGUGAACAGCACUUUCUGGAGCAAAGAGAAAACACUUCUGUGUUAUUUGAUGACUACAAGUCCAAGAUGGCUGGUAUAGAGACAGCAUGUGACUUUGUGUCCACAGUUCUGAUGUGUGACACCUACAUUGUGACUGGGGUAUACCAGACCGACAGCCUGUGACUUUGUGUCCACAGUUCUGAUGUGUGACACCUACAUUGUGACUGGGGUAUACCAGACCGACAGCCUGUGACUUUGUGUCCACAGUUCUGAUGUGUGACACCUACAUUGUGACUGGGGUAUACCAGACCGACAGCCUGUGACUUUGUGUCCACAGUUCUGAUGUGUGACACCUACAUUGUGACUGGGGUAUACCAGACCGACAGCCUGUGACUUUGUGUCCACAGUUCUGAUGUGUGACACCUACAUUGUGACUGGGGUAUACCAGACCACCACCCCAGGUUUACAUCUAGACACUACAAAAUUUCUCCCUGGACAGUCAGGUGAUAUAAUACUUUGAUGAAUAAAAUAAUAUAAAGUUUGA